AAGUCCAGAUCAUUAUUUUUAAAUAGUAUUUUUUUACAUGUCCUUCAAAACCCUAUUUUAUUCUCUGCCACUACUUGACAAAAUACAAUUGAAUAAAUUUGAUCAAAACUUUUUUCAGUUUAUUCAGCCUGUAUCCCACUGAGCAGCGAAAUUUUUUAACUAUUUUCAAAGGCAGUGAUUUUGUAAAAACAACAUUUGCACAUUUGAAUGCGCUCCGACAAACUGUCUGUUUAGUGUUUUGCCAAUAGUGCAGCCUUCCUUGUACUGCUUUAUGUUCAUUUUAAUCUGUCUCCAAAAUUCUUCCUCAAUCUUCAAAGACUUAAUCUAGACUGUGACAUUAACCGUUUUGCGAUAUAACCUGCACUUAUUUCGGUUAUUCUUCAACAAUUUAAGUCAAUUCCAACUGGCGUUUGGGUAGCAUGUAAACACCAUUUGUAUAGUUAAGGAUUUCAUGAUUUGAUCAUGGCCAUUUGGUCGUAUUGAAUCUGGCUAAGAGAUAUGAGUAAAAUGAAUUCCCCCAGUGAAAACCAUCUGGAGCAUUUGUGUAGUUGGAUGAAUCAUUUGAUUCUUAUUCAAUGCAAAGGAGUUGGACUUGAAUAAAGAAUGCUAGUAUGAAAUGUUUCACACUCUACAUCUAUAUUUCCCUUUUUGAACUCAACUCCUGAAAUAAUAUUCAAUGAUAUUCCAACUUUAUUUUCUCAUUUGAAUCAUCAUGGCCACACUUAGCAGCAGGAAUCAGGUGCCGCGCCGUUUGAACCCGCACGGGGCCCGAGGCAGCCAUCUUGCGCUCUCCACUCGGCAGACUGGAGUGAAGCGAAGUGAUUCACAGGGAUUAGGGAUUAAGAUUCCCCCCCUGACCGCUUUGGUAGAGUAAAUCUGGGGAUUAUGAUGUCGACAGGCUGGAGUUACAGGCGAGGAAAUUGAAUUGUGAUGGCCAAAGAGUGGCACGGACCAUCAGAUUAGAGCGCAGUCCCAGCAAAAUCACCGCAUUUGUGCCUUUUGUUAACAUGGGACGCUGACAUUUUUGGCGGGACUGAAGCCGAAUGAUUUUUAGGUGGUUGAUUGAGUGCUAAGAAGAUUAAGCUCGUCCGUCCUGCUCUAGAGACGCCACCUACCCUCGCCGCCGCCGCUGUCCCUCCGGCUCCUCCUCCUCCUCCUUCCGCCGCCACCGUCCAGUUCCAAGGGGUCACAAAACCCAAGAAGAUGAAGGUGAAAUGGUCCCAAGUGGGUUUGGUGUUCUUUCUCAUGCUCUCCAUGGUGAUGACGGGAUGCUUCUUUUGGCAAUAUCAGCUUCCAAAGGUGCAACCAGAUGAAGGGCUGGGUGACAAUGCCAAAUCGGAGAUGAGGUGUCCCCGCUUCCCCGAGCCGGUUCCGCUGCAGCAUCCUAUUCCCGCUCUGAAAGAGGCCCUGGAAAAGGUGGACAUUUUGCUUCGUCAGAACAUCAAUCCAAUUAGUCUGCCGGCUCUCUCCGCCAUCGUUAUCCUGAAUGACACUGUUUUAUGGACCGGCAAUUUUGGCAAAAGGAACAUCUCAGAUGUAUUCUCGGGACCCCCCAAUGAGUACACCAUCUACAGAAUCGCCAGCCUGUCCAAAAUCUUCCCCACGCUGAUGCUGUACCGCCUGUGGGAAGAGGGCAAGAUCGGCUCACUGGAUGACCCGCUGGAGAAAUACGUGGACAAUUUCACCAUCAAGAACCCCACGGGGAGGUCGCGUGACUCGGAGCUCAAAUACGUGACGGACGGUCUGAUCUUCCUGGACAGCGGCGAGGUCCCUAUUCGAUCCUCCUCGGUGACGCUCCGCAGGAUGGCCAGCCAGCUCUCUGGUCUGCCAAGGAGACUCAGAGCAACAAACCUUCUCUGGAAAGGAAAGACUCAGUCGGCAAUCACUCUUCUGCAGGAUGAUGUCCUUGUUGCCGAUCCAGGAACCAAAUGUCACUACAGCAAUCUCGCCUUCUCGCUGCUGGCACACGUCAUGUCUGAGCGAGUGGUCAAAAUGGACUACCAGCGUUGGGUUUCGGAGAACAUCCUGGACCGCCUGGGCAUGGAGGACACAGGAUUCGACAUCACGCCAGGUCUCCAGGGCCAGGUGGCCGUGGGCGUGUACUCCAACGGAAAGCCCGCUCCGUUGUACGACUUGGGCUGGUAUCGCCCGUCGGGUCAGAUGUUCUCCACGGCGGCGGACCUGGCCAAGCUGGCCAUGAUGCUGCUGGGUGCCUAUCACCGCAAACUUCUGGAUCCCGACUCCUUGAAGAUCAUGCUUACGCCGCUCUUCCGGUGCGACAAGGACUACUUCGCAAACCGUACGGGGACGCCGUGGGAGGUGAAUGAGCUGCUGGGCUACGAGAUGGUGCGGAAAGAUGGCGACCUGGACGGCUACUCGGCCACAUUCUCCCUGGUGCCGCGACUUAAGCUCGGCCUGGUGGUGCUCAUGGCCGGGGGUCGUUCCCAAAAGCAGGACUUGGUGGCCAAAGCCUACCGCCACAUCAUCCCUGCCUUAGAAAACGCCUUCAGGGAAACCCGCAGGGUGCUCUCGGCGCCCCCGAACCCAGAGGCCUACGCGGGCUUCUUUACCUACAGCAACAUCACCUUCUACGAAAUCAAAGCCGGCUCAGACGGCGUUCUCACCAUGCAGCAAUUCGGCCCUCAAAUCGAAGAGCUGAUACCGCAAACGUACCGGACCAUAAAGCUCAACUACCUGGUAGAGCGCGUCUUCAAGGUGGUCUUUGAAAGAGAGUACCCCUGCGUCCUCAGGGUAGGUUCAGCCACCGUGUCUUUGGAGGCCCAGGACGGACAACUGUUCAACUUCUACGCGUACGACAAGCGCGGCGUUUCCCCCGGGUUCGACGCGCCGGGUCUGAACACGUACAAUGUGGUCAGGAUAGCACGCAAGCCGUCCUUCUCCAGCUGAGUCACGGCUACCUCAAGGGCACUUCGCGUCCUAGCCUUGAGAGGGUUGCUACAAAUGAAGAUGGAGGAGGACAUGUUGUAAAAGUGAGUCAUCAUUUUGCCCCCUGCCUAGACUCACCGUUUAUUUUGUUUUUCACAGUUACCAUUUGCUCUCCAAUAAUGUCAUGUCUUUUUGUUGCUGUUUUUAUACUACCACUGAAUACAUAUUCUACCGUGAACCCUCGCUACGUACAAAGCUUCUGACCAAACCCGAAA